UUGGCUAAGACACCGGUGCCCAGAAUCUGGCCCCAGAACUUCCUGCUUAGCCCCUUUAUCUGCCUGAUCCAUGGAAACUUGUCCUCUUUCCUCUGGUCACAGAAGACGAACUUCUCAUAAGGAGUGAAGUGUGGUCACUAAAAGAUGAGCAUCACAUGCCAGGCCUACUUCUCAACCCAGACCCUGGCUGGGGCAUCCAGGACCUUGAAGUUCUUCUUCUCUGAGGCAUUCAUGGGUCAGCACUUCCAGGAGGUGGAGUUAGACAAAGGGGACCCUCAGCCUGGAGACCUCUUCCUGUUCAGACUGCAGUCUCCUAAGGCACAGUGGCUUGGAGCCCACGUGGGUGUUUACUGCGGCCACGGAGAGAUCAUACACUUUGAGGGCAGGACCUCCAGCAGCAGCGCUGGACUACAGACGCUUCUGGGUUACUGUGAAGGUGUGGUGUGCAAACAGGGUCACCGGGCACUGCAGCGUUCUCGAAGGCUCUGGCGAGUGCUUCGCAGACGCCGCCACAUUGACCCUGAGGAGCUGGAGCGCCGGGUGCGAGAAGCUAUGGACAGUGAUCCUCCUCCCUAUCAUCCAACCAGCAGCAACUGUGUGCACUUUGCCCUGAACCUGCUGGGCAUGGACUCAAUGCCAAUGGACUUGGACUUAACCAUGGAUUAAUGAGACCUUGGGCCCUACUGAGCAGGCCAGAAGAGGCUUCAGAAAGAAUCAUUAAAGUAUUUUCUAAAACCUAA